CAGACUCUCCUAUCAUAAAGAGUAUCGCAAUGGCUAAUCAUAUUCCGAGAAUCCUUUUUCACUUCUUAUCUUAACAUUGCAAACACCCUGCAAGUUCUCAAGUGGUCAGUGUGGAAGGUCCGAACCAACGGUUAAUUUAUCAUUCAGUUGCCGACAGGACUUCGCAGAGAUCCAGAUCAGAGGAAGCUGGUCGGUACAAGGCUCACUCUAGGAGCUGAUCUAAAGACAUUUUUUCCUGUUCGUCUUCCAAGCUCGGCACCGUGCAGACUCAGGACGUCGCUAUGUCGUUCGAGAAAGUUCUUCAUGACAUCGGAGGCUUCGGCUUGUUCAACAGGACCAUCAUGGUAGCCUUGGUGAUUCUUAGCACGUGGCACGCAACCAUCGGCUACUUUUCUCAUCUCUUUGUGCUGAUUACUCCCUCUGGACAAUGGUGCUUCGUGAACGGGAGCAACCUGGAAGACAUUGACCUGACUGCGUUACCCUACAAAAAGUGUCAAAUAGUGUGGACGACGCUUCAGAACGAUAGCGCGACUUCCAACGUACAAGAAACGUGCGCGUCAGGGUGGCGUUAUGACAAGGACGAAGUGUUCCUCACCUUAACUAUGGAGAAUGGCUGGGUCUGCGGAAACAGCUGGAAGUUAUACUCCGUCCACACUGCCUACUGGAUUGGCUCCAUGGUUGGAUAUCUAAUCACGGGUCUGUUGGCAGACAAGAUCGGCCGCAAGAACACAGUCUGCCUUUUCGUUCUGCUAUCAUGCACUGCAAAUAUAGCCGGAAUAUUCAUCACGAGCCAUUUAGGCUUCGUCCUUUUGCGAGUGCUUGCAGGGGCAGGAUGCUACACUGUGUGCAGCGCAGCCUUCGUGCUGGCGAUGGAGUACACAGUGUCGGAAAGGAGGACGUUGAUGGCUUCAGUAUGGAGUCUCAGCUGGGCAUUGCUUGCCACUGGAUUUCCGUGGGUGGCUUACUAUUUACAGAGCUGGAGAUGGUUGCUCGCAUGCAACGGGGUAAUCGAUUCCCUGUUGUUGUUUACUUUAUGGUGGGCUCCAGAGUCUUCUAGCUGGCUCAUUUCAACAGGGCGGUCUGAAGAAGCACUAGACAUACUCGAGAGGAUUGCUAAGUUUAACAGGAAGACGGUCUGUAGAGAAAGUAUCACCAAGGCACUUCAGAUGGACACCGAUGAAACCACAGCAGAACAACCAUCUGCGAACGCAGAAAGGUCGAAACCCGGGUUCUGGAAGACAACUUUUGCACUUGUGGCGACACCACGAAUAAGAAAAGUCACGCUCAUGAUGUACUCAACAUGGUUUAUCAUUUGCAUGUGCUACAAUGUAAACAACAUGGAGCUCGGACGAUUGGGGCUAGACGUUUACUCAACGUACUCGAUAGCAAUGGCGUUCGAACUUCCUGUCAGUGUAUUCUGCCUUUUGGCUUUGGACCGUCUGGGACGCCGUUGGCCUAAUGCCGCCUUCAUGCUCAUAGGUGGCGCCGUUGGUAUCGCCGUGUACCUCGUGCGUACAGAUUCCAACAUGUGGAGGUUAAUAAUGGCGGUGGCCUGUAUGGUGGCGUGGGCAGGAAGCUACGACAUAACCUAUCAGUUGGCGUCUGAAACAUUUCCUACCGUCAUCCGAGGAAGAGGAGUUUUGCUGCAGAGGGUCCUGGGAGAUAUUGGAAGCUGCCUGGGAACGCAAGUCGCUGCUCUGGCAGAAUACGACCGACUUCUUCCUACUCUUGUGUUGGGAAUUCUCUCGCUUGUGGGGACAGUAAUGGUGUUCUUUCUACCAGAAACGGUAGGUCUUCCUCUACCGCAAACAGUCGAGGACGGCGAAGAGUUCGGCAAGGAUCAAGGGCUGUGUUUCUGUCCUGUAUUCGCGUCCAAAGCUCGCAGGAAGCGAUCGAAUACAACCACCAGUAGCGGGACGACGAACAAGGCCUUCGAGUUUGUAAAGGAAAUGGAAGAGAAAACGUAAAAGCACGCGACAUAUAUUAGGUGCUGUUUUCCAAUUUCUACAACAUCGCUGUGAUUUUGUGAUGAACAUUACCAAAGUGAAUCUGUGUGGCACGCGCGAUGGACGUUGCAUCGACAUUGUGCCUGCUCCCAAGACUGAGUACUGGAAUAUACCGCUACCCGCCGCUCCAUUCUAGCGCAACAAGAAACUUUAGAACAUGAUACCGAUGCCGAUGCUAAAUAAAAGCAACGCGA